UGUUGUGAGUCUGGGCUGCUUCUUCGUCUGAUGUGAAUGCUAAAGCCAAGUGAUCUUUAAGGAAAUAAAAAGAGAUUACAGAACUUUUACUUUACUAACAACAAAGACAAAGCUCCACAAUGUCAUACGGAUCCAUUGACGGCGGCUCCUUUGGCGGCAGGAAUCCAUUUGGUGGUCCCGCAAGGCAGGGCUACCAGCCAGUAGCUACACAGGUUAGCCCUUCAGAAUUACAAGAUGUGUUCCAAGAAACCUCUUCCAACAUCUUCCAAAUUAAUGCUAAUGUGGUCACAUUAGAGAAGAGCCUUCAGUCAUUGGGGACCUCGAGAGACACAGCAGAGCUGCGUCAGAGCCUGCACACCAUACAGCAACAAACCAAUAAAGUCAUUACAAACACAAGCCACCUUAUCAAACAGCUCUUGGACAUAAUCAGUGGCUCCUCUCGGCAAGAUCGGCUUCAUCUGAUGAGGCUGAAGACAGAGCUGUCAGAGUCUGUGCAGCGUUACGGUGACCUGCAGAAGAAAAUUGCAGACCGUUCAAGGGCCUUGCUUCCUCCAGCACAAAAAGAAAGAAAACAAAGUCAACAGACACCAACCAGUGAGCUGUGUGAGGAUCCACUGGUUGGGUCAGCAGAUACCAUGGGAGGAGAUGACCAGCAAGCGUUCCUGUCUGAGAUCAGUGAGGAGGAUGUGGAGGUCCUGCGCCAAAGGGAAGAAGCUCUGCUCCAGAUCGAGAGAGAUAUGCUGGAUGUGAACCAGAUUAUGGAAGGCUUGGCCAGCAUGGUGCAUGAACAAGGGGACACAAUAGACAGCAUUGAGGAAUACAUUCAGACUACUGCUUCACAUGUGGAAUCUGCUAACCAGGAGCUUGCAAAGGCCAGCCAUCACCAGAAGCAGCUGAGAAAAAAGAAAUGCUACUUACUAAUAGGUGGACUUGCCAUUCUGAUUUUCAUAAUCAUCAUCAUUGCUUUGUCAACCAGAAACUAAAAGCAAACCCACAGUGACCGCGCCCUUUAAAAGGAGAGGAGCGCAGAGAAAGGGAGCUCUCCCCAACCAAAACACUUGUGUGUGUGUGUGGCUGGGAAAUGAGUGAAUGAGCUGAAAAGCCACACAUAUUGUUAAAAAUAAAUAGUUCAUUGAGAACUCAGUUCUGGCCUGCCGUGCUUCUGUGCUCCACCCACCUGGUCCAAUACCACACAGGGACAAAAAACUGGACAGAAAUUCAGGCAGGGGGAAUCAAGAAGACACAAUACCAAUGAGCUGUAGCGAGGAGAGGGAAGUCUACAGGAGACAGUCUGGCAAAUGGAGUAGCUCCAAACAGUUCUUAAAAAGCCCUGGCUGAUGGGAGAGGAGUGGUAGCAGGUGUGGGAGUGCAGCUUCAGGAAAUGGCCUUCAGCAAGGCAGGACUGAAUUCCUGUCCUGGAGCCGGCAUGGAAGUCCCACAAUCUAAGGCAUGGAUGGACUGGACCGAACUGUGACAGGGUUUUGUUGUUGUUGUUGUUUUGUGUUUUUUUUAUUUUUUUGUGGGAAAUGUACUCCAAAUUAUAGAAUGACUUGUAUG